AGAAAGCAAAGGGGAGCGAGAGAGAGAGGUAGAGCGCCACACACGACGAGGGAACCCCAUCAGCUGGAAGUCGCGUAACAUUACAACUCUCAGCAGCCCGAAACUACCACAUUACACAGACGAGGGAUUCAUAUCUUCUUUUGCGGAUUUAACCCGCGUCGGAUCACGGGAUUUUUGCUCACAAUAAUAUUUGCUCAUAAUUUUUCUUUUAUCCUACGGAGACUGAUUGCUGUUUUUAGAGGGGGGUACCAAACUGGCGAGAGGCAAGCAUGGAGUAUUUCAUGGUGCCAGCUCAGAAGGUGCCCUCUUUGCAACAUUUCAGGAAAACGGAGAAAGAAGUGAUUGGAGGUCUUUGUAGUCUGGCCAACAUUCCUCUGACCCCAGAAACAGCCCGUGACCAAGAGAGGCGAAUUCGCAGAGAGAUUGCCAACAGCAAUGAGCGUCGGCGUAUGCAGAGCAUCAAUGCUGGAUUCCAGUCACUUAAAACACUUAUCCCACACAGCGAUGGAGAGAAGCUCAGCAAGGCUGCCAUCCUGCAACAGACAGCAGAGUACAUUUUCACUUUGGAGCAAGAAAAAACACGGCUAUUGCAGCAAAACAGUCAACUGAAACGAAUCAUACAAGAGUUAAGUGGUUCCUCCCCAAAGAGGAGGCGUGCAGAGGAAAAGGAUGAAGGCAUUGGCUCGCCAGACAUCCUGGAGGAGGAGAAGACGGAGGACUUGAGGAGGGAGAUGAUUGAGCUGAGGCAGCAGCUGGAGAAAGAGCGGUCAGUCAGGAUGAUUCUGGAAGAACAGAUGCGUUCCCUGGAUGCCCAGUUGUACCCAGAGAAACUGAAAGCGAUCGCCCAGCAGGUCCAAGAGCAGCAGGCCCAAACACAGAGCCUUGUUCGUCUGCAGCAGCAGAAGCAGCUGGAGAGGGACCUUACUCCAGCCCACAGCCCUCAGGUGUUGGGCCCACCUACCCCUCCUGCACCUACACACCAUGCCACGGUCAUUGUGCCUGCACCUGCCCAACCUCCCCAGUCCCAUCAUGUCACCGUGGUAACCAUGGGCCCAGCAUCCGUUAUCAAUGCAGUGUCCACAUCUCGACAGAACCUGGACACUAUCGUUCAAGCAAUCCAGCACAUUGAGGGCACCCAGGGUAAGGGUUGUGUUGGCGAGGAGGAGCAGCGGAGAGCGGUCAUCGUCACUUCAGGUCGAGUCCUCUCUGAUGUGGGGGGCUCAGACACAGCCUCAAAUAGUGAUGGGCCUGAGGACUGUUCGCUACCCUGAGGUCAUUCCUGAAGUCUCACACGCCGUACAUUUACAUGCAUACAUACACACAAAAGGCCCAAGCAGACCAGGGCUGCGUGAGGCGACAAACCCACAGCACUCUUGUUCAGUGGACAUUGAUAGGGCUGGUAGAUAGAUUGAAGCACUCUCUUUUCUCCUUUUUUAAUAUACACUCUUACAUGUUGUACCGUGAUAGGCAGCCCAUUCAUGCACUCUCUUCUGCGUCUUUCUCUCUCGCUUAUAUUUUGCCCCCUGCUAUCUCAUUCACAGAACUCAUGCCUGUUCAUGAAUUUAUAGAAAGGUUAUUAGAACAACUACUUCAUCAACUGAUCUAUAAAUGCUCUGUCAUACUGGAUACUGGAAUUUCAAAUGUCUGCUAUGAAUCUACAUUAACCACCAGAACUGUUCUGUCUAUUUGGGCUUGAAAACAUGUGACUGGUCUGUGGAACAGCAGGCAAAGAUGGUGAAGAGCCCAGCAGUGUGGCAGCAUCACCACCCAACACUAGAGCGUUUACGUUUAAGAUGAACAUUCUUUAAACCUUCUCUUCUUGAUCCAUCUGAGUUUUUUGGAGAGACACUGAGCUUAUCAGACCAUCUCAAAGUCACACCUGUUAGGCUUCUGGAUAAAUGAUGAUGAUUUUAAUUUUGUUAAGUCCACUUUGUCAUGUUUUGUUUCUCUAAGGCUCCCUCAGCCAGCAAGUUAAAGCAACUGUACUGGGGGGAAAAAAAUUGAAAACAGUUUUUAUGUUUAACUGGUGCUCACAGGAAGUGAAGUGCAGCUCGAGAGGAGAAAGUGCACAUACUGGUUCACAGUUUUUGUUUGUUUGUUUGCCAUUUUUACGGGCUGGGUUCCCAGUAAUCCCACAGAUAUAUUUGGCAUGUUCUUCUUUAAAAAAAGAAUCAGUGCUUUGAUAUUUCUUAGCAUCCUCCCCUCUUGAACAUAAAAGCACCUAGCUUGUUAAAUAAGCUAAUCUGUGGGUAGUCAAGUGAUUUCAACUGGUGUGUGUAUUUCUCUUUUUGAAUUAGCAGAGCGUUAGAGGUGCCCCAGACUCUGGUAGUCUGCACCAGCACAGCUUUUGCCUUGACACUAAGGCACGUGUAUGUGUGCACAACAUUCACACAUACAAAUACUGUAUGACUGACAUGCAAUCACUUGUUUGCUCAAUUUUAAGGGCUGGAUUUAUUUAGCCCCUAACAGUUUGGGGGGGGGGUUUCCAACUGAUGGGACAGUUAUCACAGCAGAAUAUGCGGAAA